CGAAACUGGUAUCCUAGAUACGUUACUGCUGCCUAAUUAAAGCUGGGCUGUUCAAUGACUUCUGAAGACUAUGCAAUGACAAAGUUCGAAGACUAUUAUUGGUUGGUCGAAGGUUUGGGAAGAAAACCUAUUCAGCCACAGUAUGCUGUUUAGUCUUAGAUAAUUUGCUUUUCUUCAUUCUUUUUAAAAUAAUGAAACUUUCUACAGAUUUAAUGGUACUUUUGUUGCGUUAUGCAUGGAACGCAGGACAAAAAUGUUUUAUGCUGUUAAAGUGAUACAAAAGAAGUUGACUUCUCCUGAGAAAAAAAAUAUAGGCCAUUUGUUGACGCUUGAUCAUCAAAAUGUGGCGAAGUUGAAAGAAUUAUUUGAAACAUCUUUCUCAUUGCAUAUAGUCGUUGAAUUUGCAAAUGGUGAAGAACUCUUCCGGAGAUUAACUAAAAUGCCUAUCUACAACGAAAAAACGGUUGGUUAUUAUUUCAGACAAGUGGUUGAUGGUAUCAGAUACUUACAUGAAUAUGGAAUUAUUCACAAAAAUUUAAAACCUGAAAACAUACUGCUCAACACCAGAGACAGUGAUGCGAUUGUAAAAAUCACUGAUUACUCUCCUCAAUUAUUUACAACUUCAGAUUUAGAUUUAGAAAUGGUAUGCUUGACGACAACAUUUUGUGCACCUGAAUUAUUAUUAAGUAGAUGUUAUGAUAAAGCUAUUGAUCUAUGGGCACUAGGUAUACUAUUGUAUAUAAUGUUAUGUGGAGAUGAUCCUUAUAAAUCGAAAUCUGGUAGUGAUUUAUAUCGUGCUAUACUUCACUGUGAUGUUGAGUUUAAAUCUCCUUCAUGGAAAUCAAUUAGUUUGGAUGCUCAAGAUGUUGUCAAACGUCUUUUAGUGGUAGAUCCAAAAUUAAGAAUCAUUACACCACAUUUGUUGAGUCAUCCAUGGUUUAUCAUGUUAGAUGAAAAUGAAAAACAUUUAGAUUCAGUACAGGAGAAACUAGAACAUUUUAACAAACAGCGUUCAGAAAAAUAUUUUGGCAUAGAAUAUGAAGAAGACUGGAUAACAUGUGAAUAUAUGAAGCUACCGCAAAGAAGCACAGAAACAGUUCUACCGAAUGUGUAUGAUGAGGAUGUAGAAGCAGAAACAGUAAUUGACAAGAAUGAAUUAAUUGAUACAACUUCUGAUCAAUUCAUAGCAAGUUCAUUGAAGAACUUACUUCAUGAAUAUCAUUUAUUGAAUGAUCAAAAUUCAAUAUUAAAUGAACAAGAUCUACAUGGAACAAAUCAAGAAAAUCAAGUAUUAAAUGGUGAAAAUGAACCAUUUGAUGUUACCAUGAUGAACAGUAAUGACAAUGAGCAUAUGUAAAGAAUCCAAUGUCUCAAUACAAUAUUUACUCAACUAUGCUCAUAGAGACAAGGAAAAUGUUGUGACCUUUUAAUCCGGUAAUUUAUCACAUGAUUUGUUCGCCAAUCGUAUUACGACUUAUUCAAUCUUAGUACUGCGCCAAAACCAAUGACGUCCGACUGGUAUGAGCAGCCUAGCGUCCCGGAUAGUCCAGCAGUAACAUCUCUGACUGUGAAGCUGGGUGACACGGGAUCGAAUCCGUCAGGGAGCCUCAGUUCCCUCAAGAUUACAGGUACACUUUGCUGACGAGUGCCAAGUAGCACGAAACCCGGGUCUAGGGUUUCCUGUUGACUAUCUCCAACCACGAUCUAAUUCAUGAAAAAAACUAUAGUUUGAUGUUCAGUUUGAAAAUUUAAAUUGGAGUUAAAUAAACUAAUUAGUCUGUCACUGAAAGUUCUGUUUCUGAAAUAUUUAUGUUCAUAUUUACUUUGUAUUGCUUACUUGAAU